UUAAAAGGUCAACUAUCGGUCACAAUACAGUCAUGUACAAUCAUUUUCAGAUGCUUUAACUGCAAAAAUUUGUGUGUUACAGGAGUAAAAAGAUAGCAGUUAACAGCGAAUAUAUAAAGAUGGAAACUGUUCUAGAAAAUUUGGAUUUUUUUACCGAUGACGUCAGCGACUUUAAAAAUGAUCUUCAACGAAAACUUACUGUAGUCGGGCAGUCACGUGAUCAGGAAAGAAGCAAAAUAACUCGAACAACUGAGUCAAUGAAGUUAGCUAUUAAAAAAGCAGAAGAUAAACUUUUAACAGAAAAUGCCGAAUUGUUCACUGCCUAUGAACAUAAUUUACGAAAAAGUAUCGAAACAAUAUCACAACUUGAGAAGGAAAUUACUUCCGUUCGUUCCCAAGUAGAUAAUUGUCUUACUUCCGGUACAGCUGUUGGAUCGUCUGAUGACAGAAUGAUUUAUAACAAGUUUGAUUCUCUGCAGAAUCGUUUAGCUAGUCUCCAGAAGGGUGCGGUGCAGCCUGUUUUUCAACCUUGUGAAGAGGAUUUGGUGAUUGUUAAGAAUAUUGAUGUGGGGAAAUUUGAGGUGUCGGAUGCGAACAUUGCGCCACCUAUAAUUGGGUUUCCUACUAAACGCACCGUAGACAUGUAUUCUUGCUUCAUUACUGGAUUUCUUUGGUUCAAUCACAUGUUUGUCGUGUCGGACAAAACAAAUAAGAAGGUGAAAUACUUUACAGAACACGGCGACUUUCUCUGCGAAUUACUGUUUACCGACGCAUCGCCAUACGGAAUUUGUCAUAUGAAGGACACUUGGGUAGCCAUUGCUUUGCCGAAAGUCAGACAGAUUUACAUUGCACGAUUAAACAACAUGAAAGCAGAAAUACUCAACAAUUUUCGAACUGAUGUAGGUUAUGCCGGUUUAGGUAAAGGGCAUGACGGGAAUUCUUUGAUUGCAAGUAUGGCGUCAAAUACGCCGGCUGAAUCACACGUUGAUAUUAUUGAUUUCAGAGGAGAAGUUUUGAUGACUUUUAAAAACGACCCGCAACUUCCGGCACCUAUCUUUAACUUUCCAAGGUAUGUAGAAGCAUUUCAAGGAGCGCUCAUCAUAUCUGACUGGAGAAAAGAUUGCGUCAUUUUCUUGCACGCAGCAAGUGGAAGUGUUCUAAAGGAAUAUCGCGGAACGAAAGAAAGUCCUCUGAUAAACCCGUAUGACAUUAGCUUGGAUAAGCUGGGGAAUGUUUAUGUUCUAAACGGUAAAGACGGCACUGUCCAUGUUGUUGAUACGCAAUGUAAUCUGACUGACGUCAUUAGGGAGACGUCAGAGUUGCUAAACCCUAGACUUUUAGCCUACAACGACGAAGCUGGACUCUUAGCAGUCACGUAUGGAGCUGGUGAUAUAAAAACGUAUUAUCACCGCGUACCUCUGCCGGAGACAGCAAAACCUUCUAUCCCGUCACAUGAUACCCCAGCGUCACAUCAUACCCCGACGUCACAUCAUACCCCGGCUUUUCUUUCCCCUCCAAUUCCGAACGCAACUGCACGAAGUCCAUCACCGGCAUUUUAAAAUGAUAUAAGAAUAAUUACAUUCUAUGGAAAACAAUGCAAGCAGAGUGAAUACUAUGACGCUGAAUAUUACGGUUAAUAUUCAUGUAAAUUGAAUGUUGAUUUUAUAUUUAACAGUUUUUUUUUCACAUGUGGACGGCAGCCUAUUAUAAACGUUAUACGUUUAGGGCUACGGAAGGACAUAAUUACUAUGGCACCUGUACUCAAAUUAGUUGAAGGAUCGGAUUCAUAAGCUAUCUUUGUACAUAUGUAUAACUAUUAUCAUGACUAUUAUUAUUGUAAUUCAGCUUAGUUAAUCUUUAAAUAUAUUCCUAACAUGUAUAUUGUAUUAUGUUGAAUCUGGAGUCAUGUACGAGGUAUAAGAGGAAUGCAGAAACUGGCUAUACCUGUGCACUGAUUUUUACCAUUAGUAGAAUGAACUCAAAUUGGGACAAUGUCGAAUUCAACAAACGUCCUGAUAUCAACUUUUGUUUUGAUGUGACUCUAUCGUUUAAACCGUUAGGAAGUUCUUUGGUGUCGUAUUGAACACGACAGUUACACAUCCUCAUCUUUUAACUGGAGACGAUGGUCCAUUUUGCAUAGCUUGCCAAGAGCAUAUUACUGCCAAAUAUUUCAUGAAAGAGUUUAUAAGAGAACUUUUUUGUCUCAGUUCCAUCAAAAACCUGAUUGAUUACUUACAAAAAAUAAACCUGUAUUCAAAUUUCAUUUCUAAUAACGU